AUGAUUAUUAAAGCAGGCAGCAGGUUCAGGAAACCCACGAGGCUGCUUUGGUGGGGAAAUAGGGGCCUAUCAAUCGACCAAGCGAGGAGAGUUAUGAGCGUGGAGUCUUAUGAGGUGGUUACUAAUGAGAUACUGAAGAAGAGGUAUUUGGAGAAAGCGAAGAUUUAUCACCCGGAUAGUGGAAAAGAGGGCUCUGAUGAGAAAUUUAAGAAACUUCAGCAAGCUUAUGAGGUGUUGAGUAAAUUGCCAGAACAUCAGAGGACAGAUCAGCAGAAAUAAGUAUGAAGAGUUUUUCAAGAGAAAAUACUCGCAUAAUCCUGAAGAGUUUACAGAUGAACAGCGUCGUCAAGAGUAUGAGAGGUGGAAGAAAGAAACAUUUUCUGAGUAUAACCAGAAGCAACAUGAGGAAUUUCUUAAGCAGAGGUAUAGGAAUAAUCAACAUUCCCACUCAGAUUUUUCUCAGAAUAGAGACCAUUUUCACUCUUCAGGGCACUUUUAUGGUUAUGAUGACAAUGGUGAAGACCUAAGAGAACAUAUUCCCAAAAAGAGAACUUUUAAAACAAAUAGUCGCUUUGUAGCCUUCUUUUUAAGCAGUGAGUACAGGAGUAGAGUAAUCUGGAGAUACAGAGAAGAAAUAAUCUGCUUCAUGAUUUGCUUUGCUAUUUUCUUCAAUAUGAUAGUAUAUUACCGUGCUAUGACUAGGAGGGACAGCCCAUAUGCAGAUAGAAGGCCCAUUAACCAGGUCAAGCCCAUUCCUUACAACAAAUUUAAGGAAUAA